ACUUUCGAUGCGUAAAAAUAAACAGGCUUACAAAUUUGAAUUUUGAUAUUCGGACAAAGUGCAAAUAUGGAGGAAGACGGAAGCCCGCCUUUAAAGAAACUGGCUAAAGAAAGCGAAGUCAAUUUCGAUGUUCCUAAUGUUGCAAAUAAUGUUAUAGCAAUCAAGAUGGAAGUGGAUGACUAUAAAGAGACAGCUGUAGAGGAGAACAAAGAGAACAUUGUUAAGUCGAGUAGUGUAUCCCUUAGUGGGUCUUCGGAGCUGAACCCUGAACUCAAGCACACGUUGGCACAGUUCAAUCUAAGCAGCCGGAGUUCGCUGGGUGGACCCGCAGCCUUCUCUGCCCGUUUUUCCCAAGAAAACAUGUCGCCAACAGUGUUCUUGCCUCUCCCGUCGCCACAAAUUCACCCUGGUCCUCUUCUUAUUCCAUCAGACAGUUCAACAGAGCUUACUCAGACAGAACUGGAGGGAGAAUCGAUUUCAUGUUUCAUGGUGGGAGGUGAAAAGAGACUGUGCCUGCCCCAAGUCUUGAACUCUGUACUGCGGGAUUUCUCACUCCAGCAGAUUAAUAUUGUGUGCGAUGAAAUGUACAUAUACUGCUCGCGUUGUACAUCAGACCAGCUUCACAUCUUAAAGGUUUUGGGAAUCCUUCCUUUCAAUGCUCCGUCCUGUGGACUGAUCACUUUGACAGACGCUCAGAGACUAUGCAAUGCUCUUCUGCGGCCGCAUACCUUCCCACAAAAUGGCAGCUUGCUGCCUGCAAAAAACUCUUUGGCUCAGUUAAAGGAAACAGGUAGUGCCUUUGAAGUUGAACAUGAUUGUUUAGGAAAGUGCCAGGGUUUGUUUGCACCUCAACUGUACACCCAACCAGACGCCCUGUGCAUUCAGUGUUUAGAGUGCUAUGGGAUGUUUUCAACGCAGACUUUUGUCAUGCACUCUCACCGAUCGCCGGAUAAGAGGACCUGCCAUUGGGGCUUUGAUUCGGCCAAGUGGCAUUGUUAUCUUCAUUUGAGCCCAAAAUAUCUGAACAGUCCCGAAGGCAAAACAAUGAAAGGUCUUCUAGAGGAAAUGAAGGAGAAAUUCAGAAUGAAGAGCCAACCCAGGAGAAUCCAACCCAAAACGGAGCAUAUACAGACCCUGGAGUUGCCUGCUUGGUACCCAUUAAUCAAACAGGAAGAUGAUGGCAGCAGCCGACCACAUGUGCUGCAUCCCAGCUACUAUCUCUACAUGUAUGACAAAGUGGUGGCCCCCAACGUGUCCCUCUCUGCUGCGUUAUCGCAAAACAAGGACUCCAAGCCUGUACGAAGAGAGACUGAGACAAGUAAGCAAUCUGUGGCAGAGUCGGAGAUUCAGGCCCGAAGCACCAAACAUAAAUCUGUUACCUCACACCCUGACCUCUCCAUAGAGGAGCAAGAGAGAGUAGAUCAGAAAUGCGAUACAGAAAACAGUAAUAGACAGCAGCCUGAUUUUGGGGAGACGGAGAAAGAUGGGACACCCUGCAAGGACAACCUGUGUGAGGAUGACAAGGGUCACAUCAUGGAAGAAGUGGUAAAAACUUUUCUCAAGCAACAGGAAAAAUUGAAUUACAUUUUACAGAAGAAACAACAAAUCCAGACGGAGGUUGAAACACUGAGCAACUCAAAAGCUAUGAAAGAACUGACGACUGAGCAGCAGAACUUGCAGAAGGAGUUUGAGAGCUUGCAGACUGAACAUAUGCAAAAGAUGGAGGAAUUGUAUAAUGAGCAACGGGACUUGGAGGAAAAGCUGAAACAAGUAAAGAAGCAGAAAUGCCUGUGUGAUUCAAAUUCCGAGAGGGACAAGGAAACACAAUAUGCAAACCAGCUCUUAGAAUUGCGACAAAGACUGGACCAGGCUGAAGCUGAUCGGAGAGAGCUGCAAGAUGAGCUACGGAGAGAACGGGAAGCCAGGGAGAAGCUUGAGCUUAUGAUAAAAGAGCUGAAGCUUCAGAUAUUGAAAUCGGCAAAGACUGGUAACGGGCAGUAGACGCACAGCUCACAGACCAGUCAUUAUAUUUGAAACAGGGUUUAUAUUUUGACGUGGACUAGGAUGUGAGAAGUUUUUCUUGCUGUGUACCAUAAUAGAGGGGUUA